UCACAAGUUCACAACACAUUUCAAGACAAUCCCAACAAAAAUAAAAAACCUUUUAAAAAACCCACCAACAAAAAUCAAUUAUAUUCUUUCUCCCACCUCUUGAUAUCUCAUUAUUGACCAUUUCUUGUUUUAAAAAUGGGAAAUAAUAUGGGAGGUGCAAAUAGUAAAACAGCAAAAAUAGUGAAAAUCAAUGGAGAAUUCUUGAAGUUGAAGCUACCAUUAAAAGUUUUAGACAUAAUCAAAGAAUACCCAAAUCAUAUUUUAUUAGAUUCACAAGAUUUUCUAAGAUAUAAUCUUAGAUCAAAACCUCUUAACCCAGAAGAUGAACUUAAACCCAGAAAAAUCUACCUUCUUGUUGAAUUACCCAAGUUUCCUGAUGAAAUAAAUUCUCAAAAUCCUCUUAGAAAGGUAAGAUCAGGUGUCUUAGCAAGAAAUAAUGGAGAUUUGAUGAUGAAGAAGGUGUCAAGGAGGACAGUUUCUGACCUUACGAUGAUCAUGACAAGAUCAACGGCUAAGGAUGAUGGUGGUGAUGGCCGUAGUGGUGGGUCCCUUAAGGGUGGUUAUGUGGGUCCUACAAGGUUGAAAAUGAGGUUGCCUAAAGCACAAGUGGAGAAGAUUAUGGAAGAAAGUGGGAAUGAUGAUGGUGAAGCUGCUAAGAAGAUUGUAAGGCUUUGUUUGGAGGAAAAAGCCACCGUGAGCGGCGGCGUUAUGAAGGCGGAUAUGGUGGAGGAAAAGGAAAAAGAAGAGGACGAAGUUGAGAGUCAUUGUAAGGAUGUUCAUGGGAUGUGUAGUCCUUGCUAUAGUUACCGACGUAAGUAUAAAAAAUUAACCUCUUAAUUAUAGUAUAGCAUGUCUUUUUUUUUUUCUUCUUUGUUUGGAUACAUGGUAAUCUGAUGGAAGGGGCGAGCUAUGUGAGGAUGACGAUAAAAUCAAACCCAAGUCUUACAUGGAAAAGUGAUAUAUAUUUAUGUUCAAAAAAUAACUUACAUGUGAUCAUAUAUUUAUUUCUUAUAGAAUAAUGUUAUGAUCCAUUUUAAG